AUGUUGGGAGGUAAUUGUGCAGGAGAUUUUAAGUUAAAGCCAUUGCUUGUGUAUCAUGUACACAACCCCCGUGCCCUGAAGAACAUACCCAAAGCAUCUCUCCCUGUUAUAUGGAUGGCUAAUUCAAAAGCCUGGGUUACUGUUGUUUUUGAAUAUUGGUUCUUCAAUCAUUUUAUCCCAUCAGCAGAGAAGUAUAGUAAGGAGAGGGGAAUUCCUUUUAAGGUUUUACUUAUCUUCGAUAAUGCUCCUGAGCACUCGCAAAACACCGUAAAUUUUGACCCCAAUGUUACUAUCGUAUACUUCCCUCCGAACGCCACAUCUCUUCUGCAGUCAAUGGAUCAGGGAAUAAUUGCUGUCUUCAAGUGUUACUAUAUGAAACGUACGCUGCGGCAAGCAAUUGUCGCAACUGAUUUUGAUGAGUCCAUCACACUUCGUGACUUUUGGAAGAGAUACGAUAUCUACAAAGCUGUACAGAACAUAGCAGUGGCAUGGAAUGAUGUACAGAACACGGCUAUGAAUGGUGUAUGGAAGAAGCUUUGCCCGCAAUUCGUGAAUGAUUUUCAGGGGUUUGAUAAUGUUGCCAUCAACAAAACGUUGGAUAUGGAAACAAAUGCUCAACGCUUUUCUAAGAUUAUGGAGGCUUGUCACGAAGCUUUUGCUCCUUAUAAUGUAACCCUUGAGGAAAAGAAGACAGUUCAAAGAACUCUCAGUCGAUCUUUUAAGCGCAUCGAACAAGAACAGCAAGACUCAGCUGUUGAUCUUGACGAUCCACAGCCAUCAACAUCCGCGAUGUAA